AUGUUAGGAGACUAUAUAACAAUAUAUCUUAACAAUGUCCUAGUAUAUAAGGUCCUUCGAAGACUAAGGGAUAUAGGCUUUAACCUAGACCUUAAGAAAUAUAUAUUUAUAGUAAAGGAAGUUAAAUAUCUAGAGUAUAUUGUAAAGGUAGAGGUCUAUAUCUGCCCUAACCCUAAGAAGAUCAACGCUAUCUAUAAGUAG